AUGGGAAAUACUUGUGCGAGUUGCACAGAUUUUUCAUUCUCAAAAACAGCUUCAGGAUCUGUUCUGGAUAGAGUAAUUUCUCAAGCGUCUAACGAGGAUGAUUGUUUGUUGUAUAAGUUAGCGGAUUAUAAAAAAGGAGGAGAAUUGAUCAAUGUGUAUAAUAAUGGUGGCCAGGACGAAGCAGAACGAUUUAUUGUKGAAAAAUUAUCUGGCCUUAUGUAUAACAACGGUAAAGGUCAAGUGAUAAAUCGAAAUGACUAUUUGAGAUGGAAAUUUCAAAAUCGUAAACACGUUGCCGUUAAUGUCGAAGAAAAGCCGGGUCCUCACGAUCCAUUGACAAGAUGGUUGGACCAUGUAGCAUGCUGGCAAAUGCAAUACAGAGGAUCAUUAGGCGAAAGUCUGUUGCACGUAUUAAUCAUAUGCGAUACCGUUAUACACACUCGUCUCUCCCGACUACUUCUAAAACAUUACCCGAUGUUAAGUCAAGAUGUUGUUGAAGGCGAAGAAUAUCUCGGUGCCAGUGCAUUACAUUUGUCUAUUGCUUAUAACAACAACGAUUUAAUCCAAGACUUGGUUGAUGCUGGAGCAAAUAUUUGUCAAAGAGCCAUAGUACGUCUAUCUUUAGAAAUAAAGGCUGUACACAGUGCUACAAGUAUGUUUGGUUACGCUUUGAAACACCCUAAAGUGCCAGCAAGUAAUGGUAUCAUGAACAUGGCAGGACUAACUCCUUUAACACUAUCGUGUAAACUUGCUAGAACAAGUGUUUUCCGUGAAAUGUUGGAACUAAGUGCACGGGAAUUUUGGAGAUAUAGUAAUAUUACGUGUUCGGCAUAUCCUUUAAGUGCAUUAGAUACAUUACUUCCAGACGGAAGAACAAAUUGGAAUUCUGUAUUGUUUAUAAUUUUGGACGGUACCAAAGAAGAACAUUUGGACAUGCUCGAUGGAGGCAUAAUACAAAAACUAUUAGAAGAAAAGUGGAAAACUUUUGCUCGGAAACAAUUUAUGAAACGUUUAGUUAUAUUAUCCAUCCAUUUAAUCAUGUUGAGUAUUUCUAUAUACCUAAGACCCGUGGACCAAGACAAACCACUAUUAGGAGAAGCAGAAGACUGGCAAGAUGUGGCAAGAUAUUGUUUUGAAGGUGGAACAGUAGUHGGAGUGCUGUCAUAUUUAAUCGUUCAGCAAGGCGGAGAAAUACUCAAUCAAGGUCUGGUAGGAUUUUUAAAACAAACGUUCAAGGAACCAGCCAAACUAAUAUUUCUGAUUUCCAAUUUGUUGAUAUUGGCUUGUAUACCACCUAGGAUGAUGGGUGACAAACAAACGGAAGAAGCCAUAUUAGUAUUUGCAGUUCCCGGAUCUUGGUUUUUAUUAAUGUUUUUUGCUGGCGCUAUACGCCUGACUGGUCCUUUCGUAACUAUGGUGUACUUGAUGAUCACAGGAGACAUGUUAACUUUCUUCGUCAUCUACUCAGUAAUUUUGUCUGGUUUUACGCAAUCGUUUUUUUUCCUCUACAAAGGAUCACCAGACGUCAGUACUUCGUUAUAUAAAUCUUAUCCUUCUACAUGGAUGGCCUUAUUUCAAAUUACUAUGGGCGACUAUAAUUACGCAGAUUUGAGUUACACUGUGUACCCCGCUCUCAGCAAAACCGUGUUUACGGUUUUUAUGGUUUUAGUGCCCAUUUUAUUACUUAACAUGUUAAUAGCUAUGAUGGGAAACACUUAUGCACAUGUCAUCGAACAAAGCGAAAAGGAAUGGAUGAAACAGUGGGCCAAGAUUGUAGUUACCCUCGAGAGAGCUGUACCACAAAAAGCAGCCAGGAAUUACCUCGAAGAAUAUAGUAUUCAGUUGGCUCCCGGUGACGAUAUAAAUCCAGAGCAAAGAGGAUUCAUGGUAAUUAAAUGUAAAAGCCAAACUCGAGCAAAACAGCGAAAAGGCGCUGUCAUAAAUUGGAAGUCCUAUUCUGAAGUAAAAGAUGACCAAAUUCGGCUUUCUGGCGCACUAGGAGCAGCACUAGACGCGAUUGCCGUUGCUCACGAUUUAGACAUGACUCUGACAAAAGAUCAAUCGAUUGAUGAAUUACAUGACCCUUUAAGACAAUUAGUAAUAAUGUCAGAAAAUGAUAAAACUGUCGAUAAAAGCCAAGUAGAAAUAGUGGCGAAUGCAGCAGCAAAAAUUGCAAAUCAAGAUUCUAUAAAACCGAUAUCGAUUAAUUUAGAGCAACAAAAUGAUGGUAAGUAUAAAUUGAUUGUUAUAUUCUCUUAA